AUGAGUGUCAAGAACCAAGUGGUUGUGCCCUUGUCCAUUGGCAACUACAAGGAUGAGAUCCUUUGUGACAUUCUACCCAUGGACGCCGGUCACAUCAUCUUAGGACGGCCUUGGCAAUCUGAUAGGCGUGUGAUCCAUGAUGGAUUCACAAACCGCUACACUCUUCUUCAUGAGGGCCGUAAAACCACUUUGAUUCCUUUGAGUCCACAAGAAGAACACUUGAUUGGCUUGACUCAUACUCCACCGGAGAUUCCGAGUGAACUAGCUCAACUUUUGCAGGACUUUAGUGAUGUCUUUCCUGAGGAUAGUCCACCAGGCUUGCCUCCUGUCCGAGGUAUUGAGCACCAGAUUGAUUUUGUCCCCGGCUCCACUUUACCAAACAGGCCGGCUUACAGAACCAAUCCGGUUGAGACCAAGGAGCUUCAGCGCCAAGUGGAUGAACUCAUGGAGAAAGGCCACAUUAGAGAGAGCAUGAGCCCUGUGCUGUUCCUGUUCUUCUUGUUCCUAAGAAGGAUGGAAGCUGGAGAAUGUGUGUCGACUGCCGCGCCAUCAAUAACAUCACUGACCUUUGAUGAUCAUCUUAAGCAUCUUGCCGCGGUCAUGAAAGUUCUUAGGGAGGAAAGCUGUUCGCCAACUUUAAGAAAUGCACCUUUUGUACAUAAUGUGGUGUUUCUAGGUUUUGUGGUGAGUGCAGAUGGCGUACAGGUUGAUGAAGAGAAGGUCGCAGCUAUCCGGGAUUGGCCUAGUCCUAAGACCGUUGGAGAGGUCAGAGCUUUCAUGGCUUGGCCGGAUUCUAUCGGCGGAAUCGGAAUAGGAGCUGUUCUCAUGCAAGACAAGAAGCCGAUUGCCUACUUCAGUGAGAAACUUGGAGGAGCCACUCUCAAUUACCCAACUUAUGAUAAGGAGCUCUAUGCCUGGUCCGAGCCUUACAAACUUGGCAGCACUUACUUAUGGCCCAAGGAGUUUGUUAUCACACUGAUCAUGAAUCACUCAAGCACUUCAAAGGCCAACAGAAGCUCAACAAGAGGCAUGCUCGCUGGGCCGAGUUCAUAG